AAUAUAUGCAUUCGAAUUUGUUUGCCAUCUAUCUACCAGUUAAUGCGCCGCUACUGCUACAGCCCAUGUUCCUUCUGUCUGUCCAUCUGUCUGUGUCCUGUGUGCCUUUUGUCACAGCACCGCUAUAGUAUAUCCUCUUUUUCUCUCUUCCUCUCUCUCUCUUUCCAACCCGCAAACGACUACUAUUCCCACCAGCUCUUCCCUUUGUCGCUCACAAAUCCACAGACACACACAUAUACAGGCACACGCUUGCAUAUUCCUACACCCCCCAUUCAAUCUUGCCAAAGCCGACUGACUUCCAGAACCCGCAUCCAAAAAAGAGAAGAAAAGAAAAACAAGUUCCAACACAAAGAAAGGAGAAGGAAAACAAGACCAGUUUCCCCGAUUCUCUCCACUUUCCUGUCUCCCUCGCACUCAUGCAUAGCCUAACCAACGCUAUACAAACUGGUUCCAACCCCUUCUCAAGAAAAAAGCAGCGGCAUACAAAACAGAACAAAGGAAAAGAGGAUAAACAAGACAAGCAGAUCCGAUAUCCCGCGGUGCAAAAAUAAUCGCCACGCCCACGCUGCCACUAUUUCCGAUCAGAUCUAACAAUCAUGACGGGGUGUCGGGCGGGCGCAG